CUUCAUAGCCUCUUGUUCGACUUAUGUUUAGAUACAGCUGCCACUGGUGACGAAAAUGAAAGCGAACAUCAGAGCAAAUCCCUUAUGAACUUUCUCCAGCAUUUCAAUCAGAAUCGCCAUCACGUUACCAAUCCUGAAGGAAAACAGAAAGCACGCGACUUUAUCAAGAAAACGUUUCAAGAUCUAGGACUUACCACGUGGUCAGAGGCGUUUACUGAACCAAAGUUUUUUAAUCCGCAGGUGAAUAUUAAUUUUCUCAUCGCAGAUGGUAAUAAAUACGUAGAUAUUGCAAUGCAUCUUUUUGUACUAUAAGCCAUUACAACGUUUUCUCUUUUCUACUUAACACUCAGGGCCGGGUUGUUCGAAGUUGGGUUAAGAUAACCCAGGGUAAGUGCGAAAUUUGAACUCGGAUAUGAGAGCUUAAAAGGCAAAUUCAGUUUAAUUGACUUUGCCUACAAUUUGAUGAUUGGAUACUUUAAAACCGCAGAGAAACGUAUCCGAGAGAGUGCUUUUGAUAAAAAGAAAAAGUAACCCGGGUUAAAAUUUAACCCCGGGUUAUCGCUAACUGGCGUUCGAACAACUGGGCCCAGUUCUUUAUUCAAAUUAAAGGCCCUCGAAACGCCCUUUUGGGCUGUUACCUUCGUUAAGAAAUAUUUUGAGGAACAAGCCGCUACAACCUAUGAAUAGAACCAGGAGCUGAUUGCUAGCAGAACAUUAGAAAAUUGACGUUGAUACCCCUAUUUCAUUUGAUAUUUGCGGCUCCCAAUUUUUGCUACAAAACAAACUCGUUGACAAGAGAUAUCUAUUCUGUCUCAUUCAAUCUUGCAUUCAUCCAUUCACUGAUUUAUUUGUGAUUAAGUAAGGUGGUAAUGGCUGUAAAGUUGCUCAGAUAACGCGUUUAUAUGGCGGAAAAUGAAUAUAAUCAUGUAUUGAUUAAUUAUCUUUUUAACCAGUAUGCUACAGGAGUCAACAUAAUCGGGAUGCUCCCUGGCACCCUUGCGGGCUCGCCUAAUGACAGGCCGUUUCUGAUUGGUUCUCAUUACGACACGGUGCGUACUACAUCACACGGUGCAAACGACAAUGGCUCAGGCGUGGCCGCCAUGUUACAGGUUGCAAAAAAUUUUGCCACAAGUAGGUGAACUAUCUUUUGUUUUAUUUUUUGAAAAUUAGUCAAAUAAUUCAUCCCCUCUUGAUUGCUUUAUCUCUUCUCUCGUCUGUCUCCUUUUCUUUAGUGUGUUGGCAAUUUUCACGCACGCCCUCGUAUUUCCAUUGACCUAGGCCUAUCCCUGAAGAACAUAAUAUCCGCGGUUUCCUGGGCAUUACAUAAAACCCUAAAGUAGGACUCUUCUAUCUAUUUUAAAACUUAUUGUGUAACUUCUUAUUUAACUUUUCACAGAUUUCAAACACUGUGCACGUAGUUUUAGCGUUCUGUUUGUGGCGUUUGAUUUCGAGGAGUGGGAAGAUUGUAACGAUAUGAGGAGCAACCCUAAUUGUGCUUGUGGCAAGAUAGACUGUGGAAGCAGAGCUUUUGUCGCAAACCUCACGCGUUUUUACAACGGGUCUUUAAAGUCAAACGGAAGGCUUCAGGGAGCGAUUAUUAUGGAUACUGUAAUGAACUACAACAACACACCAAACUCGCAGUCCCUGCCACAUUUAACACAACGAUAUUUUCCCGAGGUUUACGGUCAAAUUGAGGCUGAUGGAUUUCGUGGGAAUUUCCUUUCUGUUGUUGGGCGUGAAGUUGAUGAUGCUGUUUUAAUGGAUACGUUCUGGUACUAUUACAGUACAGUAAAAUCUGGUAAAUAAUCAGUAUUAAUCCGGAAUUUUGCUUGCAUUUUGCCCAAAGCAUGACUGAUCCAUGUAAAUGGCGAUUUUAAAUUAUAACCCUCCGAUUAAUUUAAUUCAGUUUCAACUUGUUCUCAUGAGAGCUUGGACCCGUUUGUUCUUCUAUCCGUUUUUUCUAUGGCUUCCUCAGCGCCCGCCAUCCACAGACCAACUCCACAAUGACAUAGCUACACAAAGUCCACCUGAGUACAACGCAGUUCACUUAUGCAUAUCCUUUAACUGCUCUAGUGUUUCUUUUCAGAUUUUGUGUUUCAUAGUUUUAAUUUCUUUUCUAUCCCUCGUAGUGACCGUUAGUGACGUGGUUGGAUUCUCUUUUCCGUAUCCAGUGGAGACAUUUUUUUAGUAGUUUUCAGUGUAGUUUCCUGGUAAAAUACAAAGCGCUACUUUUUCGAGUUUUGACUUAUGGAGAGUUAUUAGAGUUCAUUUGAAAUGACAGCCUGUCAAGCUCUAGUCCAAUCACAGUUUCAAUAAAAUAACUAUCAACAACUGAAAUGUGCUUGUUUGCGUUAUUCGCACAGGCGCUCACCACUUGUUUUCCUACUUCCAACAUAUUUAAAACUAAUCGGAGGGUUAUAAAAUAUAUAAACCUCAUCCUGGCGUGCUGGAAUAUCGUUGGAUAGUACCUUUGGCCGAGAGAUAUAGCAGCCACAGGAAGGGGUAUAUUUACUGAAUGGGCCGGCCCAUUAUAUUAUUCCAUUCAACAAAAUUCCGGUAUGAAAUUUCGUAAAUUUCAGGUGCCCAAUGGAACGGUUAUCCGGUUGUACAGAGCCAAUCCACUGCGCGUUUGGUUAUUGCUGUUCUUAUAAGCAGGAUGUAUAAGGGCGUUUCUGGGGAAACAAUUUUUUUAAAUGGAAAGGGAUAUUUCUGUCCGAGCAACCAAAAUGAGCGGACUGGUCAAAGUGGACCACCUUCAAAAUUAAAGGUGGCUCAGAAUAUUCCGGUCGGACCGAACCGAAAUGAUCCGUUUCAUUUGAUUUACUAAAAUAACUUGCAAUGCUUCAUUCAUUUACCCUCGUGUAGCUCUGGAAAGUAAAACUAAGAUGUAUCCAGUAAAUCUUCCAUUCCAUGGCCAGCCUGACAAGCGUCCACCCCUUUGGUAUAAUGCUUUUAGAGACUUCUUGAGAAGCGACCACGUGUCAUUCUGGAACAACCUUCCGUCUAUGAGCGCGAUCUUCCUGAGUGACACCGCUAACCUCCGAAGCUACAUGGUAUCUUGUUACCACGAAGACUGUGACAAUAUCAAUAGGGUGACAAGUGAAAUGCUCCAGUUCUUACAGAAGACAUCUGACUCAAUAUUGGCCGUGGCCAAUGAUGUUACCAAGGUUUCAUGUCCAGCCGUUGAACAGCAGAAAGGAACAACAAACCCGCAGACCGCAGGUAGAUAUAUCGAC